GUCAUCCCGCGCGGCCGGAAGAAGCGGAGCGGAGCGGUUGUUUCCGCUGGCGGGGGGGCGCAGGAAGGCCCCGCGCGCGGAGCCGGGGCAGACGCGGCGCGGGCAGCGGCGGCCAUGGCGGCGGGAAAGGCGGCUGCCGAGCCCCUGGGGCGGACGGCGGAAGAGGUGGCUUGGGCGGAGGCGCUGCGCGGGGCCUGCGAGCCCGAGCACCACUGGCGGCACCGCCGGGAGUUCCUGCUGCGCAACGUGGGGGAGCUGCCGGCGGCGGGCAGCGCCCAGCUCCAGCGCCUGGUGUCCCUCUCCAUGGUGUGGGCCAACCACGUCUUCCUGGGCUGCCGGUACCCGCCGCAGGUCAUGGAGAAGGCGCUGGAAAUGGCCGAAGGCAUCCAAGUGACCGGCGCGCCUGUCCGCACCACGAGAGAUGAACUGGUUGCCAAGGUGAAGAAAAGAGGCAUAUCAAGUAGCAAUGAAGGGGUAGAGGAGCCCUCCAAGAAGCGAGCUGUUGAGAAAAGCAAAGAUUGUAAGGAUACUGGAAAGGAUACGAAAACAACGAAGGCAGAAGCCACAAAGGAAACAGAGAGCACAUUGCCAAAAAAGCAGGAAAAAGAUACUACAAGCAAAGAUCCAGAAAGCUCCCGGUCAACUUGCAGUUCAAAUCAAGAAAUGGUCACAGCAUCAGACAUAGAAACAGAAGGAAAACCUGCUAAUGCUGAAAGUACUACUGAGCAAAAUCCAUCUUCAUCUGAAAAACAGUCAGGAGAGAAGCCUUGCUCAUAUCCAUCUAAGGAAAGCAAAUGUGAAAAUGUGCCGUCACCUGAAAAGAAAACGACAGUAAGUGCGGUGCCACCGGCUGGCAAGAGCGCCCCACAGGCAGCGGUGGUGGCAGCAGCAGUGCCACCAGCUGGCAAGGGCGCCCCGCAGGCAGCGGUGGUGGCAGCAGCAGUGCCACCAGCUGGCAAGGGCGCCCCGCAGGCAGAGGCAGUGGCAGCAACGGUGCCACCGGCUGCCAAGAGCACCCCACAGGCAGAAGGGGUGGCAGCAACGGUGCCACCGGCUGCCAAGAGCACCCUACAGGCAGAGGCAGCGGCAGCAACGGUGCCACCAGCCACCAAGAGCACCUCGCAGGCGGCAGCAGCAGUGCCACCGACCACCAAGAGCACCCCGCAAGCAGCAGCAGUGCCACCAGCUGCCAAGAGCACCCCACAGACAAGUGCUACAUUGCUGUCUUCCAAAACCCAAGCGAGUGCCCCACCAUCAGUGUCCAAGAGUGGCGCUCAGGCGGGCACCUCCCUGCUGCUGGCCCCCAAGAGUGGCACUCAGGCAGGCACCUCCCUGCUGCUGGCCGCCAAGGGCACCGCAAAGGCGGGCUCCUCGCUCCUGGCCUCCAAGAGCAGCGCCGAGGUGGCUGCCUCGUUGCUGGCAGCUCGGAGUGGUGCUCAGCAGGGAUCCUCGCUGCUGACUUCCAAGAGCAGCGCUCAGGUGGCUGCCUCGCUGCUGGCUGCUCGGAGUGGUGCUCAGCAAGGUCCCUCGUCACUGGCCUCCCGGGGCGGAGCUCAGGCAGGUGCUUCCCUGCUGGCCUCCAAGGGUGGCAUGCAGGCAGGUUCACCGCAGCUUGCCUCCAAGAGUGGUUCACAGGCAGGUGAGAGCCCUGCUAAGGCUUUGUGCAAACCGUUAACCAGCGAAGAUGCAAAGGAAAGACAACCCUUUUUCAACAGACUAUACAAAGCUGUAGCCUGGAAACUGGUUGCUGUUGGAGGCUUCAGUCCUAAUGUAAAUCACGUAGAACUUCUAAACUCAUCUAUUCAGUCUGUUAAAGCGACGUUAGAUGUUGCUUUCGUUCCCCUGAAGGAACUUGCAGACUUGCCUCAAAAUAAGAGCUCUCUAGAAAAUAUUGUUUGUGAACUGAGGUGCAAGUCUGUCUACUUGGGUACUGGCUGUGGUAAAAGUAUGGAAAAUGCCAAAGCGAUUGCUUCAAGAGAAGCUUUGAAAUUAUUCCUCAAGAAGAAAGUUAUUGUGAAGAUAUGUAAAAGAAAAUACAAAGGUAGUGAAAUUGAAGAUUUGGUACUUCUGGAUGAAGAAUCAAAACCUUCGAAUUUACCUCCAGCUUUAAGAAAUCCUCGUGAGAUCUUGUAGGAGAGAAUCGCUGUUUGUACCGUGUAUAGUAUUUCAAGACAAGGACUGAGGGUUAAUUUUGUACUUUAAAAAUGUAGGCUUCCAGGUAUUUUGUAUUUCUUUCUCAGUUUUGCAAGACAAUGAUAGUCCUUUCACUUGGUAGCAAUUGUAUAAAACUUGUUAGAUGACAAGUGUGCAUUUAAAGGUAUGCCUUAAUAUAUAGCACAGUAGUGUGCUGUUUUAUUUGCAAAAUAGUCUACCUAAUUCUUCUAUUUUUAAUUAAAUGAUUAAGGUACAAUUUGCUGUUUAAAACCCGACAGUUUUGUAAUUCUUACGAUUUGAUGGCAGUGUGCUCAAUUGUCUACCAUGUCUUUUUUAGCCACAUAGAACUAUGUAUAUAGGGACCAUAAUACUUGAAUGAUUGAAAGUUGUUUAAAAAUUUCAAUCAAAAAGUUGAAUCAUCUGUUUCAGGCGUGUUGCUCAUAAUGUUCACUGUUCCUCAUAUUAGGAGAGAAAAUAGUUGGUUGACUAUUUUUAUGGGAUGUUUUCGUAACACUCGCAAUAUAAAUGACACCCUGAUCCCAUUUAACGUUAUACUAGCAGGUUAGAUCCCGUUUAGCGUUACACUGGUAAAUUACCAAUUAGCAGUGAAGUCACAGCUGCUUCAGCCACCAAAACUCUGUAAGCAGACUUAAUUUAUAUUGUGAAAUAUCAUUUACAGUUUUUUCAAAUAAACAUGGAUUUCUAUACUAAGCAUAUUUUGACUGCUACUAAAACAAUAAAACCUCUGGGAUAUGCUUUUAUAGUACUUUGGUUUUGGCUAUUAAAUAUUCCAGCCAUUUCAAUAACUUUGUAACACCUUAAGAAAAGCUUUACUUGGAGUGGCUUCAAGGUGUAAAUCCCACAAGGGUGAGUUGUUUUCUUUGGAUGCGUAGCUGUAAUACUGUAAAACUGAUAGAGUGGACCUAUACAAUAUGUGUUUCUGCAUUGGUAACACUUGCCAAGAUAAGCAAAAUGAAGAUGCUGCUGUCCGCUAGAGACAGCAAGUGCAUUGUAAAUUGUUCACACUAAUUGAGCCUGCCCUUUGCUCCCUUUUUAUGCCAUGUACUGCAUGGUUUGAAGCAAAGAAAGUGGGAGAUUACCUUUUAUUUUCAAUGUUACUGAAAUACCUGCACAAACUGCAUGUUUUGAUAUAUUGGAUAAUGACAUGUAAUUGUAAAAACAUAAUGUCUUCAGUGCUUUUUUGAAUUAAUCUUGUCCGGUUACAGUAGUUAGCAUCAUUUAAUGGAGACCUUAUACUUGACUGACAGAUCUAUUGACUGAGUACUACAGGAGUGAAUAGGAAUUCCUGGGAUCUUGGUAGUAUAUGUAUAUAUAUCCACUUAAAGACUUCAAUUUCUUUUGUGAUUUUGGGACUAAACCACAAUGACAUUGUUACACUGUACCCUGCGUGAUUUUGAACAGCAGCGGCUGUCCAGUCUGUAGCACCUGAAGCCUGCAAGGCUCUCGCACUUCCUGAUGGCUGGUGAACUUCCUCCGUCUGACUCCUGUGCUCCUCUGCCCUCGGUCGCCCUUUGCUCUGGUUUGGUUUCUCAGGAGUUCCCCCUCGGUGUUUCUGGAGCACUGCCUGACAUUUGGAAUGCAAUAUGUUAAAUUCCAUCUCACACAGCUUAGGAAUCGGUGCGUGCUUUUAGCGUGGAGCGAGUUUCGUGCUGUAGUCAGGAGUUGUGUUCGUGCCAGGAAGGGUGAUAUCUGUUUUCAAAUCCUCACUCUUCAGGUGGAGACACAGAAUGACUGUUUUUGUGGGGCAGGAAUCUGGUCCUGUGCCUGCUGGGGUACAGCUUUUCUAGCUGUUUGGGCAUCUCCAGAUCUCCGGUUGAGAAUUGCAGCAUGUGUUGCAAUGUGAAAACCUGUGUUUGCCAUCUGUAAAGCGAAGCUCACAGUAUUUACUGACCUCAAGGGGUAUUAGGGUAACUGUGUUAAAAGGCUGAGGUGCUAGAUUCCUUUUUUUAAAGUCCUGACUUAAGCUUACUUUUUUAAAAAUUUUUGAAUGUUAUUCCUCUUUGAUGUUUGGUUGUGAUUCAUUAAAGGAUGAGUCUGUAGCUACUCUUAAUAGAAAC